GCGUCUGGAGGGUAGGUUUAAAGUUUGUUCCCUGGCUUUUUGGCUUGGCUGCCCUUGUGAAUAGACCCUCUUUGCUACAAACCUCAGCACUUGGGCGUUUUGGCUUGCUGUGCGUCAGGUCUCUGCUCCGAGCUGCUGGGAAUACAGAAGAGGAAGGCUGGCCCCUCUCCUCAAGGAAUUCACGUUUGGCCAUGGGAGGCAGCCCAGAGGACUGUGUCAGCUUUCAUCGCAUGAUGUGCAAAAUGCUGAGAUGGGCUCCAAGAUGAUACUGAAGGAGCGGGACGGACAGGAAGCUUUUCUAAAAGAGGUGCAUUAGAUCCGGGCCUUGAAGCUUAGAUGAAACCUAUAAACUCAGUUAUUUGCUGUUGAAGUAACCUGAAAGAGGGGAAAAGAUGAAUCAAAAACCCACCCAUUGGCAUCUGCAAAGAGAUUUGUGGUAGUUUGCUACCACCCUAGUCCAAGUCGAUGACCCAGCUUUCUGCAAAAUCCUCUCCCUGCCUGGAAUUGUGGGCACUCUUGCAUAUUCUGCCCGAGGGCUAGCUCAGGCCUUCAUGCUCAGAGAGAGGGGCCUGCAGUUUUCCAUGGUGUGGUUGUAUAGACGUUGGCAGGGCCUGGGUCCAGGACCAGGCAGGACCAGUGGCAGGAUGGGCAGAACGGUAGGAGGCAGGAGCUUUCAUAAGGCACAGAAGUUCCGGAUCAUGUCUCUGCCUGAGCCCCUUCAGGAUAUCCUGUCAUUGAGCCAGGACAUGUAUACAGUUGAGAGUGGCUGAUUUCACUAGAUUGGCCAUUUUUCCUGUCUAGAGGAGGCAGGGCUUUCAUAUCUGUUUCAAUCCAGGAAAAGGAGAGAAAAAAUUUAAAGCAAACACGGAGAUGAGAAAGAAUUCACUUGGGCGUGCAUCAAACGAAGUUAAAGUAGCUGAAUAGUUCUGACAGGUGCCUGAUACAGAGAAGGAGCCAAAACGUCCUCGCCAUGCUACAAAAUCUAAUGCUUUUUUUCCUGGGACUGGUGGCACAAAAUCUCUGCUCCCUGCCUGAAACAACAGAGCAGGCAAAAAGGUGCGAUAAGAAAGCUGUCCUUAUAAUGAGGACUGAGUGCCAACCCUGCUCACUCAACUUUGGAACGAAGUGCCCAGAUGGUUACACCAAGAUUACCAAUGGCACCGUAGGAGUCCGAGAUUGCAGGUACCCCUUUGAGGUCAGAACGUACACGCUGUCUCUCCCUGGCUGCCGCCAUAUCUGUAGGAAAGACUAUCUCCAGCCUCAGUGCUGUCCAGGCCACUGGGGCCCAGACUGCAUGGAGUGCCCUGGAGGAGCGCAUUCCCCCUGCAGUGGUCGGGGCAGCUGUGCUGAAGGCAUGGAAGGAAAUGGAAGCUGCUCCUGCCAAGAAGGGUUUGGUGGAACAGCCUGUGAAAACUGCGCUGAUGACAACGUAUUUGGACCCAGCUGUUCAGCAGCUUGCCCCUGUGUGCAUGGAGUGUGCAACAGUGGAAUACAUGGCGACGGGACCUGUGAGUGCUUCUCUGGGUACACCGGCCCCAACUGUGACAAGCCCAUCCCUGCGUGUGCAGCCCUGUUUUGCCCAGAAAACUCCAGAUGCUCACCUUCCAGCAAAGAUGAAACGACACUAGAAUGCAAAUGCCUCCCCAAUUACAAAAGCGAUGGCAAAUCCUGCGAGCCCAUCAAUCCGUGUUCACAAAACAUCUGCCACCCUCACGCGUGGUGCACGUACCUGGGACCAAAUCGGCACAGUUGCACAUGCCAGGAAGGCUACCGCGGGGACGGCCAAGUGUGCUUCCCGGUGGACCCCUGCCAGGUUAACUUUGGAAACUGCCCUACGGACUCUUCAGUGUGCAGAUAUGAUGGGCCUGGGCAGUCUCACUGCGAGUGUAGGGAGCACUACCACAACUUUGUACCUGGAGUGGGGUGUAGCAUGACAGACAUCUGCGAAUCCCACAACCCCUGUCACAGGGACGCACGCUGCACCACCAUCGCCCCGGGCCAGACCAAAUGCACUUGCCGGAAAGGUUACAUAGGCGACGGCUCAAGGUGUUAUGGAAACAUCAUGGAGCGACUCAGAGAAUUAAACACUGAACCCGGAGGAAAAUGGCAGGGAAGGCUGACCUCCUUCAUCUCGCUCCUGGACAAAGCCUAUGCCUGGCCACUGAGUAAUCUGGGACCGUUUACUCUGCUGUUGCCAACAGACAAGGGACUGAAAGGAUUCAAUGUAAAAGAACUUUUGAAGGAUAACGAAGCCGCUCGGUACUUUGUGAAACUGCACAUAAUUGCUGGACAGAUGAACACUGAGCAAAUGACUACCUUGCAAAUGAAGACGUUCUAUACCUUGACCGGAAAGCCGGGGGAAAUCUUUAAUGGCGAUAAGGACAAUCAAGUAAAGCUUAAACUCUAUGGGGGCAAAAAGAAAGUAAAUAUUAUACAGGGGAACAUAAUUGCUUCCAACGGGCUCCUGCACAUCCUUGACAGAGCCAUGGACAAGGUGGCACCCACAUUUGAGAGCAACAAUGAGCAAACUAUAAUGACAAUGCUACAACCAAGAUACAGCAAGUUCAGAUCUUUGUUAGAGGAAACUAACAUGGGACAUGCUUUAGAUGAGGAUGGAGUUGGUGGACCAUACACCAUUUUUGUUCCAAGUAAUGAAGCAUUGAAUAACAUGAAGGAUGGCGCUCUUGAUUAUCUCCUUUCUUCAGAGGGAUCUCGGAAGCUUCUGGAACUUGUCAGAUACCACAUUGUCCCAUUUACGCAGCUGGAAGUGGCCACCCUCAUUUCGACCCCUCACAUUAGGAGCAUGGCCAACCAGGUCAUACGCUUUAACACGACUGACAAUGGACAGAUUCUGGCCAAUGGUGUAGCAAUGGAAGAAACGGAGGUGGCUGCCAAAAACGGCCGGAUUUACACGCUCACCGGAGUCCUCAUUCCCCCUUCCAUCACCCCAGUUCUGCCCCACCGAUGUGACGAGAUGAAGAGAGAGAUGAAACUGGGCACUUGUGUGAGCUGUUCCCUGGUGUACUGGAGCAAGUGUCCUGCCGACUCCGAGCCCAUGACGCUCUUCACACACAAAUGUGUCUACACUGGCCGAAUCAGGAGCCUGAAGAAUGGCUGUGCCCGAUACUGUAAUGCCACUGUGAAGAUACCAAAGUGCUGCGAAGGCUUCUACGGGCCCGACUGCAUCCAGUGUCCAGGAGGCUUCUUGAAUCCGUGCUCGGGGAAUGGGCAGUGCGCCGACGGCCUCGAUGGGAACGGGACGUGCAUUUGCCAGGAUGGCUUCCGAGGCUCCCAGUGUCAGUUCUGCGCAGACCCCAAUAAAUAUGGACCUCAGUGUGACAAAAGAUGUCUGUGCAUCUUUGGAACGUGUGACAAUAGAAUCGAUAGUGACGGGGCCUGCCUCCCUGGCACCUGCAGGGAAGGCUCUGCUGGGAGAUUCUGCCACAAACACACCUCAGCCUGUGGGCCCUACAUGGAGUUCUGUCACAUCCACGCCACCUGUGAAUACAGCAAUGGGACAGCAAGCUGUGUCUGCAAAGCAGGCUAUGAAGGGGAUGGAAGCCUCUGUUCAGAGACAGACCCUUGUUCGGGAUUAACCCCGGGGGGCUGCAGCCGCAAUGCAGAAUGCAUCAAAACUGGCAGAGGGACCCACACCUGUGUGUGCCAUCAGGGGUGGACCGGGGACGGAAGAGAUUGCUCAGCAAUCAACACCUGCCUGCUGCCCAGAGCUGGCGGCUGCCACCACAAUGCAACCUGCUUGUAUGUCGGCCCCGGGCAGAAUGAGUGUGAGUGUAAGAAAGGAUUUCGAGGCAAUGGGAUUGACUGCGAACUAAUAACUUCAUGCUUGGAACAAACUGGGAGAUGUCAUCCACUGGCAACCUGUCAGUUUACUUCUGGCGUCUGGAGCUGUGUUUGCCCAGAGGGCUACGAGGGAGACGGCCUUCUGUGCUAUGGAAAUGCCGCAGUGGAAUUGUCGUUUCUCUCUGCGGCAGCUGUAUUUAACCAGUGGAUAAAUAGCGCUUCCCUGCAGCCCUUGCUGUCAGCCACCUCAAACCUCACUGUCCUCGUGCCUUCCCGACAAGCCAUUGAGGACCUGGACCAAGAGGAGAAAGCCUUUUGGCUGACCAAGAGCAAUAUCCCUGCCCUGAUAAAAUACCACACACUUCUGGGCACGUAUGGAGUGGCAGACCUGCAGGCCCUGUCACCUUCUGACAUGCUGGCAACAUCUUUGCAGGGCAGCUUCCUCCACUUGGCGAAGGUGAAUGGGAACAUCACAAUUGAAGGAGCAUCUGUCAUUGAUGGUGACAACGCAGCCACAAAUGGAGUGAUACACAUCAUUAACAAGGUCCUGCUUCCCCAAAGGGGUCUAACUGGCUCCUUACCAAACCUGCUCACCCGGCUGGACCAGAUGCCUGACUAUUCCAUCUUCCGGGGCUACAUCAUUCAAUACAAUCUGGCGAGUACGAUCGAGGCUGCUGAUGCUUACACAGUGUUUGCUCCAAACAAUGAUGCCAUCGAGAGUUACAUCCGGGAGAAGAAGGUCACAACUCUGGAGGAGGACGUGCUCAGGUACCACGUGGUCUUGGAAGAGAAGCUGCUGAAGAAUGACCUGCACACUGGCAUGCACCGGGAGACCAUGCUGGGCUUCUCCUACCUCCUCGGCUUCUUCCUCCACAACGACCAGCUCUAUGUAAAUGAGGCUCCGAUAAACUACACCAAUGCAGCCACCGACAAAGGAGUGAUCCAUGGCUUGGGGAAAGUUCUGGAAAUUCAGAAGAAUAGAUGUGAUGUUAAUGACACUACUAUUGUACGAGGAAAGUGUGGAAAGUGUCCCCAGCAGCCGAUCUGCCCAUUUGGAACUAAACCACUAGGUGAUGAGACGAGGAGGUGUCUGUAUACCAUUUAUUUCAUGGGCAAGCGAUCGCUGUUCAUUGGGUGCCAGCCCAAGUGUGUGAAGACUGUCAUUACAAAAGAGUGCUGUGCGGGCUACUUCGGCCCCCAGUGCCAGCCCUGCCCAGGGAGUGCCGAGGGCAUCUGCUUUGGAAACGGGAUCUGCUUGGACGGAGCCAACGGCACGGGCGUCUGUGAGUGUGGAGGGGGCUUCGGCGGGACGGCCUGUGAGACCUGCGUGGAGGGCAAGUACGGCGCCCACUGUGAUCAAGUGUGUACUUGUGUCCAUGGGAGAUGCAAUCAAGGACCCUCAGGUGACGGCUCCUGCGACUGUGACGUGGGCUGGCGAGGAGUGAAAUGUGACAGUGAAAUCACAAAAGACAACUGCAAUGGGACCUGCCACACCAGUGCCAACUGUCUGCUCAAUCCAGAUGGCACAGCCUCAUGCAGAUGCGCAGCAGGGUUUCAAGGGAAUGGCACGGUCUGCACAGCAAUCAAUGCCUGUGAGAUCAGCAAUGGAGGUUGCUCUACCAAGGCCAUCUGUAAAAGAACCACCCCAGGAAGCCGAGAAUGUGUGUGCAAGGCAGGCUAUACUGGUGAUGGCAUCGUAUGCCUAGAGAUCAACCCGUGCUUAGAGAACAAUGGUGGCUGUCACAGGCACGCAGAGUGCACGCAGACGGGACCUAACCAGGCCGUCUGUAACUGUUUGGCGAAGUACACUGGCGACGGGAAGGUCUGCACGCUCAUCGACGUCUGCUUAACCGAAAAUGGUGGCUGUAGUAAAUUUGCCUUCUGCAAUCACAAUGAACAAGACGGAAGGACUUGUACUUGCAAACCGGACUACAUUGGGGAUGGAUUUACCUGCCGUGGCAACAUCCAUCAGGAGCUUCCCAAGAACCCCCAGACCUCCCAGUAUUACUUCCAGUUGCAGGAGCAUUCUAUACAUGACCUGCUUGGUCCAGGCCCCUUCACCGUUCUCGCACCUUCAUCUGCAGCCUUUGAUGCGGAACCCCAGAUUAAGAACUGGGACAAGCAGGGCCUGAUGCCCCAGGUUCUUCGGUAUCAUGUGAUCGCCUGCCACCAGCUGCUUCUGGAAAACCUGAAAUCGACCCCAAAUGCUACUUCCCUCCAAGGGGAGUCACUUACCAUCUCCGUCUCUCAGGGUACAGUGUUUAUAAAUAAUAAAGCUAAGAUCAUAUCCAGCGAUAUCAUCAGUACCAAUGGUAUCAUCCACAUUAUAGACAAACUGCUGUCUCCCCAAAACUUGCUUAUCACCCCUCAAGAUGCCUCUGGAAGGAUUCUGCAAAAUCUUACGACAGUGGCAGUGAACCAUGGAUACUUCAAAUUCAGCAACUUACUACAGGAGAUGGGCUUGCUGAGUGUCAUCACUGACCCGAUCCACACCCCGGUCACCCUCUUCUGGCCCAGCGACCAAGCCCUCCAAAGCCUGCCCCCCGAACAACAGGGCUUCCUGUUCAACCAAGACAACAAGGACAAGCUGAAGGAGUAUUUGAAGUUCCACGUGAUCCGAGACGCCAAGGUUUUGGCAGUGGAUCUCCCCAGAUUUGCCACCUGGAAGACACUGCAGGGUUCUGAGCUGAGCGUGAAGUGCGGCGCUGGCAGUGACAUCGGCGAACUCUUCCUGAACGGCCAAACUUGCAGGAUUGUGCAGCGGGAGCUCUUGUUUGACCUGGGUGUGGCCUAUGGCAUCGACUGUCUACUGAUUGAUCCCACCCUGGGAGGCCGCUGUGACACUUUCACCACUUUCAAUGUCUCGGGGAAUUGUGGGAGCUGUAUCAGUACUCCCAGCUGCCCCAGGUGGACUAAACCAAAGGGCCAGAAGCAGAAGUGUCUAUACAACUUGCCCUUCAAGAGGAACGUGGAAGGCUGCAAGCAGCAGUGCACACUGGUGAUACAGCUCCCCAGGUGCUGCAGGGGCUACUUCUGGCCAGACUGUCAGGCCUGCCCUGGAGGACCGGAUACCCCGUGUAAUAACCGGGGUGUCUGCCUCGACCAGUACUCGCCCAUGGGACAGUGUAAAUGCAACGCCGGCUUCACCGGGACGGCGUGUGAGCUGUGGCCAGGGCGAUUUGGGCCUGAUUGUCAGCCCUGUGGCUGCUCAGACCAUGGACAGUGUGAUGACGGGAUCACGGGUUCUGGGCAGUGCGUCUGUGAAACGGGGUGGACAGGCCGCUUCUGUGACACACAGACAGCUGUGCCCCCAGUGUGCACGCCUCCCUGUUCUGCUCAUGCUACCUGCACGGAGAACAGCACGUGCGAGUGUAACCUGAAUUAUGAAGGCGACGGAAUAACAUGCACAGUUGUGGAUUUCUGCAAACAGAACAACGGGGGCUGUGCGAAGGUCGCUACGUGCUCCCAGAAGGGCACGAAGGUCUCCUGCAGCUGUCAGAAGGGCUACCAGGGGGAUGGCCACAGCUGCACGGAGAUAGACCCUUGUGCCGACGGCCUCAAUGGCGGGUGUCACGAGCAUGCCACCUGCCGGAUGACCGGCCCGGGCAAGCGCAAGUGUGAGUGUAAAAGUCAUUACGUGGGCGACGGGCUGGACUGUGAGCCAGAGCAGCUGCCCAUUGACCGCUGCCUGCAGGACAACGGGCAGUGCCACGCUGACGCCGACUGUGCCGACCUCCACUUCCAAGAUACCACCAUUGGAGUGUUCCAUCUCCGGUCCCCGCUGGGCCAGUACAAGCUGACCUUUGACAAAGCCAAAGAAGCCUGUGCCAAGGAAGCUGCAACCGUGGCAACCUACAACCAGCUCGCCUACGCCCAGAAGGCCAAGUACCACCUGUGUUCAGCAGGCUGGCUGGAUGGCGGGAGAGUAGGCUACCCCACAUCCUACGCCUCCCAGAACUGUGGCUCUGGUGUUGUUGGGAUCGUGGACUACGGGCCAAGAAACAACAAGAGUGAAAUGUGGGACGUCUUCUGCUACCGAAUGAAAGAUGUGAACUGCACCUGCAAGGCAGGCUACGUGGGCGACGGCUUCUCGUGCAGCGGGAAUCUGCUGCAGGUCCUGAUGUCCCUCCCCUCGCUCACGGACUUCCUGGGGGAGGUGCUGGCUUAUUCCAACAGCUCAGCCAGAGGCCGGGCGUUCCUGAAACACCUGACCGACCUGUCCCUCCGAAGCACCCUCUUCGUGCCGCAGAACAGCGGGCUGGGGGAAAACGAGACUCUAUCUGGGCGGGACAUCGAGCACCACCUCUCCAAUGUCAGCAUCUUUUUUUACGAUGACCUUGUCAAUGGAACCAUCCUGCACACAAGGCUGGGAAGCCAGCUGCUCAUCACCUCCAGCCAGGACCAGCAUCAACUGGAGACCAGGUUUGUGGAUGGAAGAGCCAUUCUGCAGUGGGACAUCUUUGCCUCCAAUGGGGUCAUUCAUGUCAUUUCCAGGCCAUUAAAAGCACCCCCCACCCCAGUGACCUUAAGCCACUCGGGCUUAGGAACAGGGAUGUUCUUUGCUGUCAUCCUGGUCAUCGGAGCCAUCGCUUCAGCUGCAUAUUCUUACUUUCGACUAAACAAGAGAAGAGUUGGCUUCCAGCAUUUUGAGUCAGAAGAGGACAUCGACGUUGCAGCUCUUGGCAAACAGCAGCCUGACAACAUCUCGAACCCCAUGUACGAGAGCACAACUGCAGCGGCCCUAGGACCUUCCCACGACCCCUUCGUGGACGCCGAGACCCAGCAGCUGGCGAGCAGCGACCCCCUGGGGGCGCUGUGAGGGCCCGGCCUCCCCCGCCAGCCCUCCCCGCGCCCCCCAGACCCCCCCGCCCCGCCAGAGAGGCUGCCAACCGUGACUCCUCCGCCCCGGCGGGCUGCCCGCCCGUGGGAAACGCAAGGUCCUUCAGCGCGUGAAGCCCUCAAGCCGCCCGCACCUCAGCUCCUCGCCCGAUCUGGGGGUGAUUUUGUUUUCGGGGUGAGGUACCGUGUCAAAUCCACCCCCCAACCCGGGGGGACGUCUCCCCCCGCCUCCCCCCCCCCCCGACCCUCUGCGGUCCCGCCCGCACCCCGUGCGCCCCGUGCCCCGCACUUCGGCCGCCGGACCUGCUCCCCCGGGAGACUGACGCCCCCAAGGCAGAGCCUCGCGCCCUCGCCUUCGCCUCGCCGCGCCCAGCGCAGGGUCUGGCGGGUCACGGGGGCUCCACGGUGGUUUAUGGAACAGAAAUAAAGUCAGCAGAACAAGCCCAGUGUUGGGGGAAAUGAAACUUUGCCGCAGGAGGGCUCAAGCUUGGAAGCUAAAACCACCUCGUCAGGGCUAAGUGGCGCCUUUUGAAGGCGCCACCACCGGCCUCGUGAAAUCUUCGCUUCUUCAGGCCGACUUGUUGGCUUACUGGGGGCGAAAGAGGUGAUAACCACGAGGAGACAGUGCUUCACGCCCACGAGGCCGCCCCCCCCCCAACACACACACACACACACACACACACACACACACACACACACACAGCCCCCGACAGGGGAGGGUGGGGAGAAAGCGGGGCCCCCACCCUUGCUGGCGGGCGUGUAACAUGGUGCCCCCGCCGUGGAGACGAGGUUGGCAGCACCUCAGAAAGUGAAGCACGGAACUGCCACGUGAUUCAGAAAUGCCUGCCUUGGUGUAGACCCAAGAGAAGUGAAAACACGUCCACAGAGAAAUCUGUGUAAGUAGGUUCGUAGCUGCACUAUUGCUAACAGCCACCAGGUGGAGAUAAGCCAGAUGGCUGCCACCUCGUGCAUCACCACAGGGCGGCUGUCACCACACAAUGAACUACCUUUCAGCCUAAAAGGGAACUCAGAACCUCGACAUGCCACACCCCGGAGCACCCUGAAAACAUGAUGCCAGUGAAGGAAGCCAGACAGACACAAAAGACCACAUACCGUAUGACUCCAUUUUUGUGAAAUGUGCAAGACAGGCAAAUUCCUAGAGAAUGAAACACGAGGGGUUGCCAGGUAGGGGCUGGGAUGAACUACUCAGAGGUACGGGGUUUCUUCUGAGGGAAUGAAAAUGUUCUAGAUUUUUACAGAGGUGAUGCGUAGGCUCAGGCCAGUUCCUCACUGCGCAGGAUUCUGCGCGAGGCAGGAUGUCCAGCCCACCCUCAAAAAGCCCCAAGCGGCCUCUCUGUCACUCUGACAACUGGGUGCCCUCCAGCCCACCUACCACCCAUUUCCCAGCUGUCCUGGGGGCGGCACGGGUCAGGCCCAGGGCUGGGACUGAGUCGUGAAAGGCUGGGCUGAACACGUCUCGGACGCCGACACCCUCACGCAUCAUCUUGCUGAGCCCAGCGCAACUUUGCGAAGCCCCAGUCCCGGCAGAGGACCAGCUUACCACCUCCUCUGGACAGGAUCCGCGGUGGGGCAAGGCCGGCCUUCCAGGACAUGGUCCCCAAAAGGAAUGUGGGGCAAAUGCGCUGUUGCUUCCUCCACUUCCACCAUCCCAGGGACAAAAGGCACGGGAUUGAGAGGAAAAUCAGCAGACUACCCGUGGGAGGAGUGAGAGCAAGGAUAUUCUGUUUAAACACAUAAUUAAACAAUUUUUAGAGGAAAAAAAAACUUCACAAUUUUUUAAAUAAAUUUAUCCAAAACCCAGUAGUGAACGGACUUCAAAGCAUCUACUCCUAGUUCGGCAGUACUGUCUUGUCUUCCCCUAAACCACUGCUUCCAGUGUGUCUGGCUGCAGACACCCAGGAAGGGAACAGUCGGUGAGAGACACAAAUUCCAGGUGGGGUACCUGCUGCCCACCUAAGGCCAAACGCAUACCAAUCUCUGUGGCUUAACUACACGACCUUCGAGCUCUGAAACAAGCAGGCGGGUUUGGCUAGCAGUGGGAGGGCAAGGGUGGUGGGGAAUGAACCGUCCAUCUUUUGCCUCUUCUCUCAGGAACAUUCUUUUUUGGGUGUGUUAGAACGUGAUAUGGCUUUGCCACUAACAAGCACACCAAACAGAUGCCUUGCAAUAAACUGGACAAACCAACUUUUA